AUGGGUAAGAGAAAGAAGUCAACAAGAAAGCCAAGCAAGAGGCUAGUCCAAAAGCUGGAUACGAAAUUCAACUGUUUGUUUUGUAACCACGAAAAAUCUGUAUCAUGCACUCUAGAUAAAAAAAACAGUAUAGGAACUCUUUCAUGCAAGAUUUGUGGUCAGUCUUUCCAAACGCGUAUAAAUUCGCUAUCGCAACCGGUGGAUGUAUAUAGUGAUUGGUUUGAUGCUGUAGAAGAAGUCAAUUCUGGGCGCGGAAGCGACACGGAUGAUGGUGAUGAGGACUCCAAUAGUGAUUAUGAAAGUGAUUCAGAUCAAGAGGGCAUAAGCACGAAAGUUCGUGGCGAAGUCGAUUCUGAUGAGGAGGAAGUAGACUCGGACGAGGAGAGAAUAGGGCAAGUUAAAAGAGGUAGAGGCGCAUUGGUAGAUAGCGAUGAUGAAUAA